AUGAUUUCUGCUAUUGUUGUUCAAGAUAAUAUUACACUAGCAAAUCAUGCUUUUCAAAUCAUUGGCAAAAAUCAAAACAUUCCAACAGAACUUCUACAUCUUAUGGGUUUACUUUUAAGACUUGAUAAUAUAAAUAGUAUUGAUUCGAUGAAUCGUAAUCAGUUUCUUAAAGAUCUCCGAGAACAAUUAGAGAAAGGUUUUGUAUUAUCUAAUUCACUUGUUGAAAAAUUGCUUUCUAUUGAAGAUGUCCAAAAAAAUACUUUAUCGGAUUUCAAAAAAGAAACCAAACAGUAUUUCAUCGACAUUGUAGCUCUAUUAGUAUUGCAAGACUCCGUCCACAGUUCUCAUCAGUUGAUUAUUGAUAAUUUAGAAAAGGCUAUUUUACAUAGAAAGAUAAAUUAUAAUAUUAUAAAGGCUUAUCAACAAGUUAUCAAAACAAAAAGGUGUACAGUAAAAACACUCAGUACAUUAUUAGAUAAUCUGACAGAAUCAUUAGAGAAGAAUAAUCCAUUUGAAAAAAUUCAUUUCGAAGUACUUAAAUGUAUAACUCUAGUCUCUGAAGUUAUGCAAACACCAAAAAUUAGAAUUCUUGAAAAACUUCUUUCUAAUAGUAAUGAUUUAAGUAUCAAAAGGUGGUCAUAUCGAGGCCUCCGAGCGCUAGACAAGAUCGAUUUAACAUCUGAAAUAUUCAUAGAAUGGUGUGAUAAGAUCAAAAGUGAUCUAGAAAGAAGAAUUCAUGCUAACAUUGAGUUAGAUAUAUAUCUAUUUGAAACUAUAACGUCAUUGCCAGAUGAUGACUAUGAAAAAAUUUAUGAUAAACCCCAAUCUCAAUGGAAUCGAGAAUUGAUCAUUUUCGAUUUAUCAAAACGAUUCAAAAUUGUUGAAGAAGAAGAAAAAUCUAAUUUUCAUAAAAUUUGUCUUGAAAUUGAAAUCUUUGAAAAUUCUAAUCAAAAUACGACCUAUAGACUCCUGAAUUUAGUACAUCGUGCCUUGUGUAAUAGUGCGAUUUCAUUUAGCGAAUUUUGCGAUGGUCUAAAAUGUUUACCGAAAGUAGAUUUAAGAAAUGUAUGUGAAAUUUUAUUAAAUAGUGAAAAUCCGUUUUCAGAUUUACGGAAAGAACAUAUUAAAAAUUUAAUCCAACAACGUUUAUCAAAUAGUGAUAUUAACAGCAAAUACAUCGAUAAUCUAGCACUAAAUAUGAUUUCUAAAUUUGGCAUCGAUUAUAGUGAACAUUUUUUGAAACCAAUAAAACAUUUAGAUAAUUUAAAAAAGCUCAACGAGGUUUUGACCUUUGCUUACGAGAAAGACAUGAAAAUAUCUGACAUAAAUGAUGAGGAUACGACAAUUUCAAUGCGAGAGACAUCAUUAACAACAAAAUUUUGGUGUAAUAAAAUUGAAAAAAUCAAAAAUCCUAAAUUAUAUGCUACUCUUCGCCGUUUAUUAGAUAAGCAGUGGACUCUUGAACAAUUAGGAACUCUGUAUGACAACCUUCAUGCUUCUAAUUAUCAAGAUAAGAUAGAAAAAGAACAAUAUUUUGUUGAUAUUCUAGAAAUAUUAUUACACUAUAACAUUGAUUUUACUUCCGAAAACUACGAAAGAAUUCUAUCAACACUUAAUGAACCUGUAGAUACUUGGCUAAGAGAAAUAAAUAUGAUGGCGGUUGAAAAUAAUUUUUUCGAAGAAGAACAAACCAUGAAUAUAUUGGAAAUAAUAAAGGAAUUAGGAGAGAAAAAUUCUGAUAAUCAAGAUAUAGUAAAGUUAAUUGAAGACAAUCAUUUACAUGAUCUAGUUAAAAAAAUCAAAAAGUCUGAUUUCGUUUCAAAAAUUAUAGAAAAAAAUGUAGACAGUUCAUCUAACCGAAAUUAUAUAACUGAAUGGACUAGAGAUCAAAUUCAACAAUGGGCAAACAAAGUAAAAAAUAUUGAUCUCAUUGCACAUAAACUAGAAUUUAUUCUAGAAGUAUUUGCAGUAAUAAAACGAGCUUGUUUGUUAGAUAGUGGAUUCAUUUUAACUGAUGCUCAAAUAAUAAGUUGUCUAGUCAUUUUAAAAGCAAACGAUAAAGGACGAUUAUUGCAAGUAAAUACUGGUGAAGGUAAAUCAACUAUUAUUAGUAUACUAGCAGUAAUUCAUGCUUUAAACGGAAAAUAUGUCGAUAUUAUAACUAGUUCCCCCGUACUUGCAGAACGAGAUGCAAAAGAAAAAGCAAAUUUCUAUAGUAUGUUUAAUCUUGAAUGUAGUCAUAAUAAUGAUAAACCAAACUAUCAAACAGGUCCAAAAACUUGUUACAAAAAACAAAUCGUUUAUGGCGAAGUAGCUCAAUUUCAGUUUGAUACAUUGAGAACCUACUAUGCUGAAUUGAACACAUUGGCAGAUAGAACAUUCGGUGUUGCUAUUGUAGAUGAAGUAGAUAGUAUGCUUAUUGAUGAUAGUUCAAAAAUUGCAAGAUUAGCAACAACUAUAGCUGGAAUGGAUCGAUUACAGCUUAUUUAUCACAUCCUAUGGCAUGAAAUUAUGUCUUUACCAGAAAGAGUUAUAAAGUUCGAUGAAAAAAUUUAUUUAUUACAUGAAAAACAUAGAUUUCAAGAUGAGAAAAUCGUUUUAGAAUACGCUAAUGAGCAAGGACAAAGAGUGAGCAUUUUGGAUUUACAAGAUUAUAUAGCACAUACUUCAGAUAUAAGCCAUAUUGGAAAAUCUAUUCCAGAUGAUAGUAAUUAUGAUAUUGUUAUAAGGAAUCAUUUAAUAGAGUACAUUACAAAAUACAUCGAAAGAGAGUAUCAAAUACCGAAGAAUUUUGUAGAUUUUGUUAAUUUACAAAUACCACAGUGGGUUGAUAAUGCUAUUAUUGCAUGUAAUUAUCGAGAAGAUGUUAAUUAUAUUGUACGAGAUGAUUUGAUUCAACCAGUGGAUUUUUCUAGUACGGGCAUUGUUCAGAAUCUUUCGAAUUGGAAUAAUGGUCUUCAUCAGUUUUUGCAAAUAAAACAUAAUCUAAAAAUGACAUCUGAGACUUUAACUACAAAUUUUUUAUCGAAUAUAGGAUAUUUUAAAAAGUAUGGAAAGAAUUUAUUUGGUCUUACCGGUACAUUAGGUUCUGAUGCAUCUAAGAAAGUAUUUGCAGAGGUAUAUGAUCUAGAUCUAGUAAUUAUUCCUGGUUCAUAUAAAAAACAAUAUAUUUCAUUGCCUGAUAUUCUAAUUAACAAUGAUGCUCAGUGGUUAGAAGCGAUUCGUCGUUGUGCAAUUAAUGAAUCGAAUAAAGGCAGAGGGACACUCAUUAUUUGUGAGACUAUCGAACUUAGCAAGCGAAUAGCAACAGAACUUCGAACAUGCUGUCGUUCAAACAUAGUUAAACUUUAUAUUAUGAAUAAUAUGGAUCAAGAAAAGCACAUCGAAAGAGUAAAGCCAGGAGAAAUAAUUAUAGCUACGAAUCUAGCAGGACGUGGUACCGAUAUAAAAACGAAUGAAAUUGAAAAAUAUGGUGGUCUUCAUGUUAUUAUCACAUUUAUGUCUCCUAAUAAACGCGUCGAGGAACAAGCAUUUGGAAGAACUGCACGACAAGGUAAACGAGGUACAGGCCAAAGAAUAUUAAAUACUAAAUAUUUACUAGGCUAUAAUAAUUGUACUAUUGAGUCAAUUAUCCAAUCGAGAGAUCGAAACGAAGAAAAUAUGUUAGAGCAUUUUAAAGAACAAGAAUUACAAGUAAUUAAUCUGAAAGAUAAUCUUUUUAUUAAAUUUUGUGAUCUAUUAAAACAUAUACGUAGAGAAAUUAGGGAGAAAACGAGUGUCAAGACAAAAUUAAAGGAAAUUGUAAAAAGAAAAUUCGGAUAUGAUCGUCCUUCCGUAUUGGAAUCUAAUUUAAUUCUUAGCAUUGAAGAACGAUGGGCUAUUUUUCUACAUAAAAUUGAUAGUGAAGAAUCGUCUAUUAAUAGUGAAAAAAUUUAUCAAGAUUAUGAAAAAUUUGAAAAGGAAAUAAUUGAUGAUUAUCAUAAAGACUAUGUCAUUAGAAAUCCUUAUUAUCAUAUUAAAAUUGCUUAUGACUUAAUCAUCAAUGAUUCUUUCUUAAGUGAAACUUAUGAAGAAGCUAUGAAACAUUUUAAUCGAGCUAUUGAACUUGAUGAGAAACAUACAGCAGCUGCAUUUUUUGGUAAAGGUUGGCUAUUAUUGAAGGGUACGAGAAAAUUUAUUCUAUCUCAAAAUCAAGAUAUAAACUAUAAGGAGACAGUUAUUGCUGAGUUUAACAAAGCACUUCAGAUUUUGAGCAAAGAAAUAGCGUCAUUAACAAAUAUGAAAAUACUUCUUGAACAAAGAUGUUCACAAACUUUGACUACUCUAUGGAAACAAUUAUUUCAGAAAAUCAAUAUUCUUACUACUUAUAUAAAUAGUAUAGAAAGAAAUAUAACUGUUAUCGAAAAGUCGCAAAGAUUAAUUCAGAUAACUGAGAAAUCAAAAACAAAUGAUGGAGGAGUGUCAGAAGAGAUUAUUACAUAUGUUAAAUUUGAGAAAGAAUGUGGAAAAUGGUGCGAUAUUUAUUUAAUCUCAGCUGAUGAAGUAGAUAGACAGUUAAAUGCUGUCAAAAAGCGAAAACAAAUUUUUAUUGUUAUUGAAGAUGAUGAUAAAUUUAGUGUUAAAUAUAAGCAAAAAGGAAAAGAUGAAUAUCAAUCAUUGAUAAUAACAAAUAAACAUUUGACCGAUGAUCUAUCACCCUUACGUCAUAAUAAGCAAAUGAUAAGACUCGAUAGAAACAAGUAUUCAAGAGUUUAUGCAUUAAUUUAUGAAGCUGUAACAUCAAAAAAUGGUUAUGUUCAACAAGAUUAUGUAGAAUCUCUCAAAAGUUUAAAAGAUCGUAAAACAUAUGAAGUAGCAUUUAACGACUUAACUGUCAGAUACGAUUGCGGAGCUAUCGAUCAAGCAAUAAAAACUAUCGAUUUUGCGAUGUCCGAAAGUCGGUCAAAUCGAAUAGAGGACAGCACUGCACGCACAACUGUUCAAACAAUUCCAAGUCGUAUCAGACAAAACGUAGACUUAAGCAGUACUUCUAGACAUAUUAGUGUUAGUAUAAUGCAGAUCAAUGCAGGAGUAUUGAAAGAAUUUUUAAAUCCUAAUAUUGAAAUUCAAGAAGUAACAAAACAAUUAGCAAUAUCACAUUUAGAAGAUAAAAGUUCAUUUUUUCAUUGUCACAUUUUACCGGAAAAUUGGUCUCCUGAUUCGUGUAGAGUUAAUUUAGAAAUUAAGACAGAUAAUAAAACAUUAGAAGAAAAAAAUGAUUUGCAAGUAAGAGAUGCAAUAAAAAUUAUUAAACAACAAACAGAUAAUAAUAUAUAUUUCAAUUUAUGUUUCAUUGAUGCAAAUAAAAUGUCAACAGUUUUGAAAAAAAAUGUUUUAUUUGAUUCAGAUCAAACUAUAGAAUUUAUUGGAUUAGAUAAAAAUAGUAUACAAGAUAAAUUAACUGCAAUUAAAUCGGAAUAUAUUGAUCUUGAAAUAUAUGACAGUAAAGAAAAGGUACUAGAAGUAAUUUGUUUAUCAGAAGUAAAAGACGUGGAGAUUUAUUUUGAUGCAAAAUCAGAAAAAAAUAUUGAUACUAUUAAAAAAAUAGUCAACAAACAAAUAGCACAGAAAACUAUUGAGGAGAGUACUAGUAGUCGAGUACUGAUUGGAUUGAUAAAUAUAGGAAAGAAUCUUGCAGAAAAAGUAAUUCACAUUUGUUCAAAUGCAGAUUUUGUUAUUAGAUUUAUCAAGGUAAAAUUUGAAACUCUUUUAAAUGGACUAAGUCAUGAAAUUGUCAAUUUUCACUUUGAUAGAUUAACGAAGAAAACUGCUGAAAUUCUUAUUAAAGAAUUACGAAAAAACAAUCUUAAUUUUACAUUGAAAUUUAAAAAUUUGACAAAUGAUCAAGCAAAACGACUUAUACAAUUCGCUCCAAUAGAACAAGAAAAUAUUCAAAUAACUAAAAAGAAAACUUUAAGUGAAUUAUUCAUGAAUGAAUCAAUGCCUAAAUUAGAACUUUCAGAAUUUUCCGAACGAGGUAUCGAAUAUUUACUUGAAAUCAAUGAGAAAGGAUUUAUUCCAUGGAGAGGUAUCGCUGUUGUAACUAUGCUCGCUGCUAUUCAGGUGGUAGUAGGUGGAGCAUUAAUGGCUACUGGAGUUGGUGGCACUGUAGGAAUGGGUCUCAUAACUGAAGGUGUAGUAGAUUUAGUCGUUGCUGGUACUGCUUUAUAUACUAGAAAGUUUUCUUGGUCAAAUUAUGCACUACAGAAAGGAGUAAGUUUGACUAUAUCAGCAAUUUCUAUGGGCAUUUCAUCAAUGAAAAAUGCAAGUAAAGCAGCUCAAAACAUUGCAGUAGGAAUAGGAGACGAAAUAGCUGAACAAACAAGUACACAUACAAUAACACACGGUAAAACUCUAGCUCAUGGAUUAGCUAAGACUGCACAUCAUGUGGGCAGUCACACUUUUAAAAAUGUUGCUGUAAAGAUGGCUGCACGAUCACCAUUACUUGUUAGUCAGGCUAUAGCAAUUAGUGCGCCUUUUCUAUUGGAGCAUUUAAAACCGAAGAUAUCGAAAUUCAUACAAGAUAAAGUUAAAUUUACAUUAAAUCAAAUAGAAAAAUUUGAUUUUUAUAAAACUUGGCUUGAAAUUGAAGAAUAUACUGGAUUUCAACAAGAUCAAUGUAAUAUAUUACUUAAAUUAUUACAUCGAAUUCAGUUAAAUAAUAUGAUUUCAUUUAAUCAAUGUAAUGAACUUUUAAGAAUUUUAAAGAACAUUGAUUUUGAAAGUAUUUAUAAUAUCCUAUCGAAUGGUUCAAAUCCAUACGAGGAUAUUCUCAAAAAAUUUUUCAAAAAUCUAAUUUUUGAACAUUUAUCAAAUAAAGAAAUAAAUAAGAAAUAUAUCGAUAAUUUAGUAUGUAAAAUGAUUAUAAAAUUUAGUUUUGAUAUAAGUAAAAAAUUUUUAGAUACAAUACAUAUAAUAGACAAUUUAAGAGAAUUUGAAGAGUUUUUAGAUUUUGUCGAAGAAAAUAAAAUUAAGAUAUUCAAUAUAAAUGUUCAAUGUAAAAAUAUUUCAACAUUGAAAAGAUCAUUUGAACUGCAAGUUUUAGAUAAUAAAAUCGUAAAUGUUGAUCAUAGAAAAUUAACUUUGAUUCUUAGUAAUUUAUUAGAUAGUCAAUGGUCUUUUAAACAAUUGAAUAUGAUUUUUAAAAAUCUUAUCGCUUCGAAUAAUGAAGAGAAACGAAUCAAAGAAAUAAAUUUUCUUUAUGUCCUAGAAAUAUUAUCUCAAUAUAGUGUAAUUCCAACAAUAGAAAAUCUAGAAAAAAUAUCAGAAGCUCUCAAAGAACCAGCACAGAAUUGGCAACGAUUGAUAAAUAUAAUUGCAGUUGAAGGUAAAUUUCGCGAUAUAGGUCAAUUAAGAAAUAUAACAGAAUUAAUAGAAGAAUUUGAAAAAAAUAAUUCUCAAAAUAAAAACUUGAUAAAAUUAGUAGAUUUAAUAAAUAAUAUCAAGAGUAAUAAUUUAAUUUCUAAAAUUGUCAAUCAAACUAUGGGUUAUAGAAUCGAUGAAAAAUUGAAAAAGAGAAGACAAAUCUAUAUUUCUGAAUGGACUAAAAAUGAAAUUCAAGGAUGGGCAAAAACAAUAAAAGAUAAUGUCUCUUCAUAUAAUAUUACAGACGAUUUUAUUGUAGAAACUUUAGCCGUAAUAAAACGAGCUUAUCUCUUAGACAGUGGUUUUCAUUUGACUGAUGCUCAAAUUUUAAGUUGCAUAAUUCUUUUAAAAGUAAAUACUAACAAAGGAAUGCUAUUACAAGUAGGAACUGGUGAAGGUAAAUCAACAAUUAUAGCUGUAUUAGCAGUAAUAUAUGCAUUAAAAGGAAAUAAAGUUGAUGUUAUUACUAGUUCACCUGUACUCGCAGAAAGAGAUGCAAAAGAAAAGAAAAAUUUCUACAACAUGUUUAAUCUACAAUGUAGUGAUAAUACUGAUAAAUCAAUUUAUUGGACAGGUCCUAAAUCUUGUUAUAAGAGUGAAAUAGUUUAUGGUGAAGUAGCACAAUUUCAAUUUGAUACUCUAAGAACAGAAUAUAGUCAACUUAAUACAUUGGGAAAUAGAAAAUUCGAAGUUGCUAUAGUAGAUGAAGUAGACAGUAUGCUUAUUGAUGAUAGUUCAAAAAUUGCAAGACUUGCAACUAUCAUUCCAGGAAUAGAUCAAUUACAAAUAAUAUACCACACAAUAUGGUAUCGACUUAUUUAUUUGCAAGAUAGAAUACUUGAAAUUAAUAAUAAAAUUUAUUUAUUUCAUGGAAAAAUUAGUUUUGAACAAGAAAAAAUGAUUCUAGAAUAUAUUGAUGAACAACCAGGAAAUAUUAUUAAAAUUCCUGAUUUAAAAAUCUACGUAGAAUCUAUUCUGAAUAUUAGUCAUAUUGGAAUAUUAAUUCCAGAAAAUGUUGAAGUUGAAACAUUUAUUAAAAAAGAUAUAGAAAAUUAUAUUAGAGAUUUACUUGAUAGAUUAACCGUUAUACCAAAAAGUUUUGAAGAAUUUGUUGAUACACAAAUGUGUAAAUGGAUAGAUAAUGCUAUGAUUGCAUUAAAUUAUCAGGAGAAUGUACACUACGUCGUACAUCAAGGUUUAAUUAAACCAGUAGACUAUGCUAGUACAGGUAUCGUUCAGAGUUUUUCACAUUGGAGUGAUGGUCUCCAUCAAUUUUUGCAACUAAAACAUAGUCUAAGAAUGACGUCUGAAACUUUUACUACGAAUUUCCUAUCAAAUAAAGGAUUUUUUAUAAAAUAUGGUUCGAAUUUAUUUGGUCUUACGGGAACACUUGGUUCCGAAAAAGCUAAGCAAGUCUUAGCCGAUAUAUAUAAUGUAAAUCUUGGUAUUAUUCCCAGCAUGCGUCAAAAACAGUAUCUUUCAUUACCUGAUCUUGUAUUGACUAAUGAAAUUGAUUGGCUUAAUGAAAUAUGUCGUUCAGCAAUUAAUGAAUCGAGAAAAGAACGAGGAAUACUUGUUAUAUGUGAGACAAUCGAAUAUAGUACACAAAUAGUAGAAAAACUCCAACGAGAAUACAGUUCAGGUACGAUAAAAUUUUAUACGAUGAAUAAUAUGAAUCAAGAGAAAUAUAUUGAAAAAGUAUAUCCGAGAGAAAUUAUUGUAGCUACGAAUUUAGCAGCUCGAGGUAAUGAUAUAAAAACCGAUAACAUUAAAAAAUAUGGUGGUCUUCAUGUUAUUAUUACAUUUAUGCCACUAAAUAAACGCGUUGAAGAACAAGCAUUCGGUAGAACUGCACGACAAGGUAAACGUGGUACAGGUCAAAGAAUAAUAAAUGCUGCCAGUUUAGCUCAUUAUGAAAAUUUCAACAUACAAAAAAUCACCGAACUACGAGACAGUAUUGAGACAAGCAUUUUAGAUGAUUUUCAAAAGCGUGAACUUAAAAUAAUUACUUUAAAAGAUGAACUUUUUACCAAGUUUUGUUUGUUGUUAAAUGAAAUAAGACAAAAAAUUAGAGAUAAAAGUAGUUUAUAUGUAAAAGUAAAAAGUCAAGCGAAGAAAAUAGUGACAAAAAUUUCACCGUCCAUUCUUGAGUCUAAUAUACUUCUCAGUAUUGAAGAACAAUGGGCUAUGUUUUUACGUGAAAUAGAUAAUCAAAUAUCUCCAAUUGAUAAUGAAAUAUUUUAUGAACGAUUCGAAAAAUUUAGUAAAAACAUCCGAAAAAAUUAUGAAAAUGAUUGUAUUAUUAAAAAUCCUUAUUGUCAAAUUGCCAUUGCUAAUGACUUAGUCAUUAAUGAUUCUUCCUUACGUAGAAAUUAUGAUGAUGCGAUGAAAUAUUUUGAUCGAGCUAUAGAACUUGAUUCAAAACAUACUGCAGCUGCGUUUGCUGGAAAAGGUUGGUUAAUAUUGGAAGGUAAAGAAAUUUUUUUUGGUUCCAAUAAACAAUCUAUAGGUUAUAAAGAGGCAGCUAUUCGAUUAUUUAACAAAGCAUUUGAAAUUCUUAGUGAAGAAAUAUCAGCAUUGACAGUUAUACAAUCAUUUCUAAAACAUCGUUGUCAGAAUAUGAAUACGGAUCUUAGUAAACAAUUAAUGCAAAAGAAUCAUAUUCUUAGUUCUUAUUGUAAUUGUUUAGAAAAUGCUGUAAAUAUUAUUAAGAAAUCGCAAAGAUUAAUUCAAAUAACUGAAUUAAUAGAUUACUCAAAGUUAAGAGAAAAUGAAAUUAAUAGUAAUUUUUUUACGAAAAAAGACUCAGUAAAUUGCCAAAGCGAAAUCUCUCAAAAGAUAAUUUCAUAUGAUGCAAUUGAAAAAGGAUGUGGAAAAUGGUGCGAUGUGCGGUUAAUAUCUCAUAAUAAUCUAAAUCGUUAUAAGACAUCAAUUAACAAUGGUAAAGAAAUAAUAGUUAUGAAAGGAAUCAAUAAUGCACUUACAAUUGUUUAUAAAGACAAAAUUCAAUAUCGAUUAAGAGAAUGGAUAGUGAAAGAUUCUACAUUGGCUGAUGUACUUGCAGCUUUAUCGUAUGAUGAAACAAUUCUUGAUCGAGAUAUUCAUAUGAAAAUUUAUACUUUAAUUUAUGAGAAACUUACAUCGAAAAAUGGCCAUAUUCGAGAAGAAUUUCCAUUAUUUCUUCAAGAGUCAACAGAUCAUAAUCAAUACGAAGUAAAAUUUAAUGAUUUAACUGUUAGACAAGAUAGUAAAAUCAAAGAUCAAGCAAUAGAAAUUAUUGAUAAGAUAUUACCUCAAGAUGAAGGUAGUUUGUUUGAUAUCAAUGGUGAAUUUUCAUUUUUCAAUAAAGUUCCAAGUUUUUUAAAGAGAAAGUGGAAUUUUAGAACAUGA